AUGUCUGACUCUUUAGAAAAGGGUUUAAACCCAGUUUCAACUCAAUCUAUAGAAUCAUUAGAUAAUGAAGCUCCAUCAGGUACUUUAAAUAAAUUAUCAUAUUCAUUUAAAAGAAAACAAGUUCAAUAUGAUGAAGAUUAUUUAUCAACCCUAGAUCCAAACCAACGUACAAAUUAUAUAUUAGCAAAUCAACCAUUAAGAAAAUCUUUGAAAAAAAGACAUAUUAAAUGGAUCGCAUAUGGUGGUACUUUAGGUACUGGUUUAUUUAUUGGUUUAGGUUAUUCAAUUUCCCAAGGACCAGGUGCAACUUUAAUUGGAUUUGGUCUUGUUGGUUUUGCAAUUUAUUGUGUUAUUCAAGCUGCAGCUGAAUUAAGUGUUGCCUACCCGGUAAGUGGUUCAUUUGCUUCUCAUGUUUCAAGAUUUGUUGAUCCAGCUUUAGGUUUUACUAUUGCAUCAAAUUAUGGGUUAAGUUGGUUAAUUUCAUUUCCAAGUGAAUUAAUUGGAUGUUCAAUGACUAUUAGAUAUUGGAAUGAUCAAAUUGAUCCAGUGGCUUGGGUUGCUAUAUUUUGGGUUUUCGUUGUAACAUUAAAUUUAUUUGGUGUUAGAGCUUAUGGUGAAUCUGAAUUUUUAUUAUCAAUAAUUAAAAUCAUUGCAAUUGUAAUUUUUAUCAUCAUUGGUAUUGUAUUAAUUGCAGGUGGUGGUCCACAUUCUCAAGGUUAUAUUGGUGCUAAAUAUUGGCAUGAUCCUGGUGCUUUUGCCUCACCAGUUUUCAAAUCAAUUUGUUCAACUUUUAUUAGUGCAGGUUUUAGUUAUGGUGGUUCUGAAUUAGCAGUUUUAGCAUCAGCAGAAAGUAAAAAUGCUUCACACAUUACCAAAGCUACAAAGCAAGUUUUUUGGAGAAUUGCAUUAUUUUAUAUUACCACAAUUGUUGUUAUUAGUUGUUUAGUUCCAAGAACUGAUGAAAGAUUAUUAGGUGGUUCAUCAAGUGAAGAUAUUAGUGCAUCUCCAUUUGUUAUUGCAUUAAGUAACACAGGACAAUUUGGUGUUAAAGUUAGUCAUUUUAUGAAUGCAGUUAUCUUAGUUGCAGUUUUAUCAGUGGCAAAUUCAUGUGUUUAUGCAUCAUCAAGAGUUAUUCAAUCUUUAGGUGCCUCGGGUCAAUUACCUUCAAUUUUUGCAUAUAUUGAUAAUGAAGGUCGUCCAUUAGUUGGGAUUAUAACAAGUUCUAUAUUUGGUUUAUUAUGUUUUGUUGUUGCUUCAGAUAAUCAAUCUACAGUUUUCACUUGGUUAUUUUCAUUAUGUUCCAUUAGUGCAUUUUUCACAUGGUUUUCAAUCUGUUUAAGUCAUAUUAGAUUUAGAUUAGCUUUAAAGAAACAAGGUCGCUCUACAGAAGAAUUAGGUUUUAAAGCUGUAUUAGGUAUUUAUGGUUCAAUUAUUGGUGCGAUUAUUUUAAUUUUAAUUAUUAUUGGUGAAAUUUGGAUUUCUGUUUAUCCAAUUGGUUCAGGUCCUGAUGUUUUAACUUUUUUCCAAAAUUGUUUAAGUAUACCUUUAAUGAUUGUUAUUUGGUUAGGUUAUAGAUUAAUUUCAAAAAGAUUUUUCAAAAAACCUUAUAUACCAUUAAAUGAAAUUGAUUUAGAUACUGGUAAAAGAUAUCCAGAUAUUGAAGAAUUAAAAGCACAAAAAAAAUUAGAUGCUGAAAUUUUAGCUUCAAAACCUUUAUAUUAUAGAAUUUAUAAUUGGUGGUGUUGA